AUGUUUGAAACAAUAUUGCUCUCCCUCCAAACUCCGGGCCUACAUCGGACACGUCAAACCCCGACCACAAUUGAAAACACCUGGAAUGGCCACCCCCCCAAUGGAUACCCCCGCGAUGGACACCCCCGCGAUGGCCACCGUCCCCCCCAGCUUCCUCUCCCUCAUCGACGGCGUGACGAUCGGGUCCUUCCUGCUCGUCGCGCUGCUGCUCUUCCUCGCCUACGCGCUCUCCGUGUUCCUGCUCCCCCGCGCACGAGCACCAAGCUGCGCAUCAUCUUCAUCUGGCACCUGUUUGACGGGCUGAUCCACUUUGUCUUUGAGGGCAGCUUCCUCUACUACUCGUUCACGGCGCGGGCGGCCACGGGGCUGACGGGGCCGAGCUCGCACGUGCUCUGGGGCGACAGCGCGGUCGCGUAUGGCGCGCGACACUCGCAGGCGCCGCUGGCAAAGCUGUGGCAGGAGUAUGCAAAGGCGGAUUUCAGGUGGGGGGAGAGCGAUAUCUGUGUGGUGGCGCUGGAGCUGCUGACGGUUUUUGUGGGGGGGCCGCUGGCGCUGUGGAUUUGUGAUAUGGUGAGGAGGGAGGAUCAGAGGAUGUGGUUCUGGGUGACGGUGUUGGCUACGGGGGAGCUGUAUGGCGGAUUCAUGACAUUUGUGCCCGAGUGGCUGACGGGAAGCCACAACCUGGAGACGAGCAACUUUAUGUACAAAUGGGUGCACCUCUUCUUCUUCAACACAAUCUGGGUGUGGAUCCCGCUGUGGCUGCUGUACGAGGCCUACAACACGUUCCUGCCCGCGCUGCAGCUGCAGGCCAUGGUCAGCACCGUCUCGGGCACUGCGAGUGCGCUGGGCGGGGCCACCUUUGGCGCCGACAGCAGCGAAGAGGAGGAGGAGGAGGAGGACAGCGAGGGCGAGGGUAAGAAGGCGAAGUAG